UCCUUUGCUCCACCCUUUCCACGAACAUUAGGCUUGAAUUUUAUCGAGGACCUGCAAAAUCACCUUCAAAACUGCCAUUGACUGCAUAUCGAUUAGCACAGCUGCUCGGCCAGGGUUCCAACAUGAAGCACUUUACCAUCGUGCCCUGUACUACCAUCACCCUCGUCUUCCUCUCCAUCAUUCUUCGGAGUUCUUACUUCGCAGAGGCCGAAAUGAGCUCCAGUGUCUCCUUGACACACCGUGAGGACAAUGGGAGCCAAUGGCCAUGCCCUGAUGUGCAAUUCUGCCAGGAUGUCGCCAAUUGCUGCCAGAUUGGGGUAGACGAGUACGGCUGGAUUGCAGCUGCUGUUGGCUGGAGCCUCUGGUUUCUGACUCUUAUCCUGCUCUGCGUGGAUAAGAUCAUGAAACUCAGUCCCGACGAACCCAAGUAUUUGCAAGCAUGAGAGUUGCCAAGCCAGCAAGCACCACCGUCCACCAUGGUCAUUCAGGCAGGAGCAGAUGGGUUAAGAAGCAAUGUAACUGCUUUGCUGAAGAAAGAAAAGGAUAGUCAGGCAUCUUAUACUAAAAACGGGUCUAGAUCCAAGUGAGGCAUGGCAGUGCCUUCCCCAGGAGGUUUUAUAGCUGAUCCGCUCGAGCCAGCCAAGUCCUGGAGUGGAUUCCAGUCCCUUGUAGUAAUUUACAAUUAGCCCUAUCAUGCAGAAUGCCCCCUCUUUCCUGGAUACCUGUACUCUGCUGUGAGCUUGCCACCUGCAAUUCACCUAUCAUUAGCCCACAUAACGCUUACAGAGGACAGUUCAGUACAUAGCUUUUCACUGUUGAGCAGACAACAGGUUAGUGAAGCUAAUUUUAUUUAUAAAAAGAUGCCCCCUUUAGCAGCUCCAUAGUUAAGAGUGUGUAACCUGGACCAAAUCCUCAGCUGGUAUGAAUUGAUGUAACUCCACUGCUUUUAUGGAGUUCUCUUCACACGAAAGUUGCACUGGUUAAACUAAAAGUGCAUUAAAACUGAUUUAUUUAAAGGAGUGCAGACUUCUGUGUGGACACUCAAGGCUUGUCUACACACUAAAAUUGUGCUGGCUUAAUUUAGAACUGAUUUAGUUCAGCUAGUGCAACUUCUGUGUAUGGAUUUUCUUGAAUCAGUUCAAAAUUGCACCAGUUUAAUUUAAAUCAGUUUUUUAAUUAUAUAUUUAAACGACUGUGAACCCACCUGGACUCACUUUGGUUUAAGAGAGCCUCAUUUUAUUUUAAUAAACCUGUUCACGGUCAACAAACUAAACCCAAAAAAGCCACCGUUAAACCAAAGUAAGAAUGUCCACACACGGGUUUGCACCCUUUGAACUAAAUUAUCUUAAAUUCACACUUUAGGUUCCAACUGUGCAACUUUCCUGUCUAGACAAGGCUCAAGUCAAUUAAAAAACCCACCUUUAAGCCCUUGUCUACACCUGUGGUGGUGGCGGCGUGUAGGUACAUGUAGCUCCACAGCGCAGUGAAAAGUGGGGAGGCAGUGGGACCUGUGAGGCACUGCUCGGAUGUGUAGAGAGCUGGGUAGGGUAUAUACCCUAACAAGACACCAUUUAAUACAAGGGAACUCCUCUGUGGAGAGAAACACUGAGCUGAAAUUAAGAUCAGGAAAUGAAGCAUUAAAAAGGAAGGACUUUA